AUGCGUGAGAUUGUGACGCUGCAGCUGGGCAGUCUCAGCAACUACGUCGCCACUCACUUCUGGAACACACAAGAGUCGUACUUCACCUACUCUGAAGACGAAACGGCCUAUGUCGACCACAACAUCCACUGGAGGGCUGGCGUGGGCGAGGAUGGAUCGGACACGUUUCUGCCGCGGACGGUGGUGUAUGACUUGAAGGGCGGGUUUGGGUCUCUUCGCAAGAUGAAUCCCAUGUAUGAUGCGCCGAGCGAGGAUGCGGCUGUAGCAUCUCUCUGGCACGGCAAACCUGCAGUCCACAAGGAAAAUGCCGUCUCAUCCAUCGACUACCAAAGGGACCUCGACGCCGGCGUCAAGCCAGCCAAGCUCGCGGCCUCAGACGUGCGCUACUGGUCCGACUUCUCGCGCGUCUACUACCACCCCAAGUCGCUGGUGCAGCUCUACGACUAUGAGCUGCACUCGAGCAUCAUGCCGUUUGAGCGCUUCUCAAUGGGCACCGAGCUGUUCGCGGCGCUGGAGAAGGAGGACGAGAUUGUCGACCGGGACUGGCGGCCGUUUGUCGAGGAGUGCGACCAGAUGCAGGGCGUGCAGGUGUACACCACGCUGGACGAUGCCUGGGGAGGAUUUGCCAGCUCGUAUCUGGAGGCGCUGCGGGAUGAGCAUCCCAAGACUUGUAUCUGGGUCUGGGGGCUGCAGGGCCCGGUGUCGACGAUUGCGAGGGAGAAGCGGCGGCUGAGGCUGGCCAACACGGCGCUGAGCCUGAAUGAAGCGUGUGCUCAGGCCUCCAUGGUGGUUCCGCUGGCUGUCCCCGAAGGCCGCCUUCCGACAGGCGUCAGGCUGGAUAACGGUUCGGCGUGGAAUAUCUCCGCGUUGCUCUCCACGGCCGCGGAAAGCGCCUCGUUGCCAUCUCGUCGACGACUUGAUGGGAAGACGCAGCCUGUCAGCCUGGCGGAUAUGGCGGAGUGCCUGAAUGUGUCUGGGCGGCAGACGAUUGCAAAUAUGCGCAUGUCUGUUGGACCCUCGGCUUUGGAGUCGGAAGAAGAGCUUCCAGAUAUGGACUUGUCACAGAUUGGAAGCUUGAAAGAUGGUGUCAAGAUGGGGAGCAGCAGCCGUCGAGCCUUUGGAAGACUGUCGGGCAUGCGGAGACCCGAUGGUUCUAACGAUGAGUCUGCGACAAACGAACGCCCCAUUAUUGGGAACACAGUCGUUCGAAAUUAUGAAACUUCUCUCCUUUACCCUAUCCUCGACAGCUUCCCAUCAAUAUACAACUAUGAUCUUGAAGACGAAAACAACAUAUCCGUCCACACGUCUCUUGCCUCUGACGGCUCGAUUGUGUACAAGAUGAAGGACCUGCGAUCACGAGUUGCUCUGAGCAUCCCGCUAGAGGACAGGGAGAACUUGGCAAACGGCUUGGCUGAACUUGGAGCUGCGUAUGAGGAUGAGUGGUCUAGUGGCAGCGAUUUGGAUGAUGACGAUCUAUGA